UUAGUGUGCCAUCGUUCAUUCUCAUCUUUCAUGACCAAUAAAAUCCCGAAUUGGCUCUUCGUAUUAUUACUUUCAUUGGAAUGUAACCAAAAAUACAACGUAUUGUAAAUCGACUAUUACUACUUACGGCUAAUCCGACAUUUUAACGUUGAUCAAAGUCAUAAAGGGACGUGAGUUUCGUUCGUCAGAAAUAUAACUGACAUCUGAUAGACAUAAAUAGAAAUGUGUUUUUUGUUUGGUUCAACUUUACCCAUCAAGUUAAUUAUUUAUGAUACUUCAAGAUAAACGUUAUAUUUUUAUUGCCUUGUGCGUGUUAACUUGUAUAAUACUUAAACGACUUAUUAUAUACUUUAAAUGAAAUAAUUUAAAAGGAUCGAAAAAGUACCAAAAAAAAAUUAUAAAUAAAUAAGAAAGCACGCGUAAGAGAAAGAGAGAUAGGAGGAGUCUAGAGAGAAAGAGAGGGAGAGAGAGAGAGAGAGAGAGGAAAUAUUUAAGAAAGAAAAUGUACGAAAAUCUGUUCAAGAAUCCUUUGCAUCGUAUAUUCGUAUAUGGAACCUUGAAGAGAGGAGAACCAAAUCAUAAACUCAUACAGGAUACGGCUAAUGGAUAUGCAAAAUUUCUUGGAAUUGCUAGAACUACGUCAUCUUAUCCAUUGAUAAUUGCUACUAAAUACAACAUUCCAUUUUUAUUGAAAAAACCAGGAAUCGGUCAUCAUGUGAUCGGCGAGAUAUACGACGUCGAUUCGAAGAUGUUGACGAGAUUGGAUGAACUCGAGGAACAUCCAAAUUUUUAUGAGCGUGUGGAAGAGGACGUUCUCAUGGCAACAGAAUCUAAAUUCAAAUCCAAUAAUAAUUUCGAAGAGAUCGGCUCGUUAACAAAAGCAUGGAUUUACUUUUUACCAAAAUUCAAGGCUUCCUUACUCGAAGGACCGAUGUACGAAUCCUACAGCAAUGAGGGAGAUCAUGGAUUAAAAUAUGGAGAAAAGUACGUUCGCGAUCCUACAUUUGAUCACAGAAGAGAGGUUCGAUGAAUGAUACCAAAUAUACAUAUAUAUAUAUAUAUAUAUAUAUAGACAAUUGUUUUUCUUCUGCUAUCUUUACAGCGACGUAAGUACAGCAACUUAUGAGGACGUACUUUGACAAUGUCCAAGGUCAUGCACGAAUAAAUACGAAUGUAACUAUUGUUUAGUUCAACAUCGCGAUCUGUGAUGAGGUCUUGUAUUCGUAGUAUCUAUAUAUAUAACCAUACGUAUAUGUACAUAUAUAUAUAUAUAUAUAUGUAUAUGUAUGUAUAUAUGUAUAUAAGUAAACAUACGUAUAUCGAAGCUGUAAAUACAAAGAGAAAAGAAAAAAAAAAAGAAAAGAACGAACGAGUUAAGCUGAUCUAAAAAGUAUUUAAUAUUUAAUAUAAGCUUUGUUUUACACUCACCUCUAAAAGUACAUUAACAAUUUCUAUUUCUUGCUCUCUUUCUUUCUUUAAUAAAACAAAAAAGAUAUAUACAUAUAUAUAUAUAUAUAGAUACAUACAAACACACACACACAUAUAUAUAUAUAUAUAUAUAUAUAAAAACAAAGUAAACGAAUCAAUGUGUAGGAUUUAAUCUUAUGAUAAUGAUUAACGCGAAUUCAGAAGAAAAAAAAAAAAACAUCAACAGAGUUAAUAAAUCGGACGACGAGAAACUUCCAUAAAAUUUUAUAGAUAUAUAUAUAUAUAAAUUUGUAUAUACAUAAUGCGAUAUAAUAUUUAAUAUCGCAUCGAAAUAAGGAAACGAUAGACUUUACCGACGAUUUUAUAAAAGAAAAAUUAUUGAUCCCUUUUCUUCGUCUUCUUCUUCUUCUUUUUCUUCUUCUUCUUCUACUUUCAAUAGUACAUAAUACAUAAAUGCAUAAUUUAGGAUUCAGAAAGGAAAUUCUUAUACCCCAAAAAAAUCGUUCUCGAUGAUUCAUUUUUAUUUACUUCCUUUAUCAUUUUAUCAAUAGCCACGUUUUCUCUCUUAUAUGUAUAUAUAUAUGUCUCAACACUUUCUAACUUGAUUUCUUCUUUUCGUCAUUUACUUUUCUUAAAUAUCAUUCUAUCGCUUGUUUUCUUUCUCUCUUUCUCUCGCUCUCAAUCAUGCAACGAUAAAGUCAUUCUAAUUUCAACUAUAUACCGUUAACAGAAGGCAGAUUAUUUCUUCUUCUUCCUUUUUUUUUUUUCCCCUUAUCGCCAUCCAUUGCCAUAAUCGGCUAGGAUCAUUCGAAUGUUCCUCUCUAUUUUUUUUUCUUCGAGAGAUACUAUGCAGUUUCUCUUGCAACAUAUUUUGGAAGCUGAACGCAGAAGCUCUUUUACAACGAUUGGCGUUAAAAACAACGCGAUCAGAGAUACAUGGAGCAAUAUAUAUAUAUAUAUAUGUACACAUAUAUAUAUAUAUUUUUAUUUUUCUUUGUUUAUUAAUUGCAAUUACGAGAUCGAAAACGGAAAGGAUUACGUUUACUCCGUUUAACUUUGCACCACUUUGUCCUUUAUAUAUUUAUAGGAAUAAACGCUUACAUGGACACUUUAAAGCGUUUUACGUAUAGAUAAUAGUUUGAGUGGUGCGGACUAAAGUCAAUAAAAA